AAGGAGUGGUGAACAAAGCUCAGUCACCUCUGUGUUGGAUGAAGGAUCGGCACGGCUCGGCAGCUGCGUGGAUCUAGCAGCGAUUGCUGCAGCCCGGGGGGACCUACAGGGGAACUAUCGCACAGAGCGAUCCGCUUUUCAGCACAUUCAUCUCCUCUUCGCACAACUUCUGCUGCACCAGGACGACGAGGAAUAAGUUCACCUCAAUGAAGGAGAGAAGGACCAGCCAGAAACUGGCCAGCAAAUCAAUGAUGGAUCCCAACCAGAACGUCAAGUGUAAAAUCGUGGUGGUGGGAGACAGCCAGUGUGGCAAAACUGCUCUAUUGCAUGUAUUUGCCAAGGAUUCCUUCCCAGAGAAUUACGUGCCCACUGUAUUUGAGAAUUACACGGCCAGUUUUGAAAUCGACACGCAGAGAAUAGAGCUGAGUCUAUGGGAUACAUCUGGUUCUCCUUAUUAUGACAAUGUCCGCCCUCUCUCAUACCCUGACUCUGAUGCAGUCUUGAUAUGUUUUGACAUCAGCCGUCCUGAAACACUGGAUAGUGUGCUUAAAAAGUGGAAAGGUGAAAUUCAGGAGUUCUGCCCCAAUACAAAAAUGCUGCUGGUUGGCUGCAAGUCUGAUUUACGAACGGACCUCACAACUCUAGUGGAACUGUCCAAUCACAGGCAGACACCGGUGUCUUAUGAUCAGGGUGCUAAUAUGGCCAAGCAAAUCGGAGCAGCCACUUACAUCGAAUGCUCAGCUUUACAGUCUGAAAACAGUGUGAGGGACAUUUUCCACGUAGCCACGCUGGCAUGCGUCAACAAGUCUAACAAAAAUCUCAAACGGAAUAAAACCCAGAGAACCACAAAAAGAAUUUCCCACAUGCCUAGCAGACCAGAGCUGACUGCAGUGGCCACAGACUUAAGAAAGGACAAAGCCAAAAGCUGCAGCAUAAUGUGAGACGUCUUGGGUGGCGGUGAAGUUCCUAUGAAGAUUUAGUGAAGGAUCAAUGAAGGUAGCUGUCAGAGGAUUUUAAAACUGGGUAAAGCAGAGUUGAUAAGGAUUUUCUUCACCUCUGGUACUCAAGGGAUGCAGCAUUUUGAUGGAGCGGAGAGCAAAAGUUGGGUUGUUUCCACAGAUGCUUUUUGGAGGGAAGCUACACCAAACUAAACCCCCAGAAGUGAUUGGUAUGUGUAGAUGGAUGGUGAAAAUGCUAUCUUCAUCUCUCGAAAAUGAUCGAUCUCAAGAUUCACCUAUUUCUCUUUACGUUCUUUGGCCAAAAUAGAGUACCAUGCUUACUCAACACUGACUCUAGUGAUGCUGUUUGCACUCUGGAAUGUGAUCCUUUUGAUUGACUCUUCUGAACACGAGGUGAGGCCAUGAUGGUCAGUUGGGAUCUUCUACAGAAGAAGGAAUUUUUGGAAAGUACCUCUAGGCUUUCCCAUUUGUAUAGUGUUCUUGCACAGCUGCAUAGGCUAGAUAGUUCAUGGUACCUUUUUUUUUUUUGAUCUAGCUUUUUAAUGUGUUUUAUUUUUAAGAUAUGGUUAGCUGUUCUUUAAACUGGGAAUGAACCAGCGAUUGCAAUGUGAUAGGCAGUCAGUUCAUUCUAUGACCGUUAAAA